AUGAGCAAGAGAGCACAGCAGAACAGUACUCCGGGAAGACGAAUUAUUCAUAUUCAGGCUCAUGCCAGCAACUUACAGCAUCCUCAGCUGGUGCCUACUGGCCCUGGGGGUGAGGACAAAGCUGUGCCUCCAAGCAAGCAAAGCAAAAAGAGUUCGCCCCUGGAUCGCAACAGUGAUGAGCAUCCUCAACAUAGGGAGAGGAACAACAUGGCUGUGAAAAGCAAGCAGAAAGCACAGGAUGCACUGCAGAGAGUAAAUCAGCUCAAAGAAGAGAAUGAAUGGCUGGAAGCAAAAAUUAAAUUGCUGACCAAGGAAUUAAGUGUACUGAAAGAUUGGUUUCUUGAGGGCACACACAACCUUGCAGAUAAGGUGCAACCCAGUAGCACUGAAAAUACAACUUCUGAUAAUGCAGGAUAG